CCACGUCGGUGCACUUAGUUACAGCUUUGGCUCAUUAAGCUUAAAAUGCCGCUAGCUUUCUGUAAGCUAACGUUAGCCGGCAUUGCAGAGUGAGCGGAGAGGGGUUGCUAAAGUAUGCUAAGCUAAACUAGCUGUAGCCGUUUCGCCUCCAAGGUCGAUGAGAGCAUGUCUGCAUCCGAUGUUGCUUCAUAAUGAUUGUGAAUCGAUUCCCCUGCCUGCGGUCCAGUGGAGACUGAAGGAAGCAUCUCCAUGUUUGGGUUAGCAGACAGUAAAUAAGAUGAUAAAGGAGCACGGCGACCUGUUUUCGGACUCCCAGUGUAAAGUCUGCAGUGCCGUCCUCAUUUCGGAGUCUCAGAAGUUGACUCAUUAUCAGAGCAAGAAACAUGCCAACAAAGUGCGGCGUUAUCUCUCCAUGCAAAAUGAGAAGGAGCCAGCGCUGAAAAAGUUGAAGUCGUCAUCAGAUGACAGUCAGGACUGUAACAACGGAGUCAGCGACAGGUCGAAGGUAUGCCAUGUAUGUAACAUGAACUUCUCCUCUCCUGUGGUGGCCGAGUCUCACUACAAGGGCAAAGUUCACGCCAAGAACCUGAGGAUGAAAAUCGGCCCCCAGGCACCAGUAGCCUCCCAAACAACACCAACAGCAGCUCAGCCGAAGAAGAAACCCAUUGAUGAAUCGAGCAGUGUGCCGGCGACGGGUGGUAGCAACAGUAACAACAAUAACAACCCCGACCGCUUCUGCUCCAUCUGCCAGGCCUCCUUCAACAACCCACUGAUGGCCCAGCAGCACUACGUGGGCAAGAAGCAUAGAAAACAGAUGACCAAGAUGAAACUGAUGGAGACAUAUGGCCCUUCCACAGCACCAGCUUCCACACUAAAGGGCUACCCAUGCACCAUCUGCAGCAUCGAACUAAACUCUGUGGAGCAGUACCAGUCUCAUAUCAGUGGUGCCAAACAUAAGAACCAAGUGAAAAAAUCUGGCUUAAACACUACAGAGAACCAAGAAGCAGCAGAACAAUCAUACGGGGUCGACAACCAGUACACUCCUGCAGAUGACCAGUAUGCCUCUGUGGACGACCAGUAUGCCACUGCAGAUGACCAGUUUGCCACUGCAGAUGACCAGUACGAGCCCGCAGAUGACCAGUAUGGGCCCGCAGAUGAUCAAUACCCAGCUGGAGAUAACCAAUACGCUCCUGAGGACACACAGUACACAGAGGAGGACCAGUUUACUUGAGGCUGGGCUGGGAUGGACUUCAGUGGCUUCAGUCAGGACUUGGAAUGACACAACAACCAGCCCCUUUAACACAUUAACAUCAGACUUCAUGGACCUUCAGCUCCUGUCAGUCUCUUCUCCGUAUGUUUUCCCCUCUUAUUCACAAGUUUGGACCCUGGAAUACCCCCAGAAUGAUAUUUUAUCAUAUUCCCAACUGAAAAGGUGAAAGAAUGUGUGUUUUUUUGUUUUGUUUCGUUGUUUUCUCCUGGAAUUAACAAACUUCAGUUGUCAUUUCUAAAGAAUGUCUACAAGGGUUCGACUUCUGUUGGCUUCUGCUUCUGUUGCAAACGUGAACUGACUGACUGAAAACUGUUCUCUGUAUCAGUGUACAUUAGGGCUGGCUAGCAUGUGAAAUUUGUCGACACUGGUGCUGAUAUGAUCAGUGCUUUACUUCAGGAAUAUAAACAUGUUUUUAUACAAAAUCCUUCAUGAAACAAAAUAAGCCAGUUACAUGUUAAAAGGAGCAAUUCAAGAACUUUGCCUGAACAAAAUGCUGCCAAUUUCAGGCAAAAUUAUGAUUUAAAUCUUUAUCACUGUAAAAAAAAAAAAAUGAUAACAAUUAUGGCAGAGUCAUCAGUAAUCAGACAAUGGAAAAUCUGCUCUGUGCUGGGCAGUCCACACCAAGAAUUAUAAUUAUGACGUUUUAAAAAGCGUUGUGGAUGACGACGACCACACCAAGACUGUAAUGAAAAUGGCGAAUGAUAUUGUUGGGAUCAUCUUCAGAGCAAUUUGAUAAACAAUAAACACUGACAGCCAGUCAGAAUUCAUUCGAAAUCACAGGGCCGUCAAUCUGCUUAAAUUUGGGUCCAUUUUCCAACAAAAUAACGGUGUGGGAGUGCUUAUAAUUGUUUUUAACUCUUAACAGAACUCUUUCAUGUGAGAUAAUUAAAGACAUUUGGGAGACACUUUUUAGAUGGUCCACUCUCCUAACCCAGUCUUGGAUAUUUAUGUAACUUAUCAAAAUCCUUAUGUAUAUUAGGCUGGAGCUGAUGGGGUCUCUGAAAUUUGUUUUGAUGUCUUUUACAACUCGCAUAUAGAAUUCUGGAUACUCCUAACUCCAAAAUCUAUGGGCUUUCUUUUUUGUGCCUCUGUGCAGCAGUAACAGGUCUUCUAUGUCCAUUUUGUUCUAAGAUGGCAACACAGCUGGACUACGUUCUUGGCGCCACUGUUUACAAAACUUAAUCGUCCAUCAGUGUAGAUGCUCACAGUUUUGUUUUUUUUUAAAAUAAGUUAUUGUUAUAGUUCUUGGUGUGGACAUAACCUUGAAUGACCUGAUCCGAUAUUUUUAUCAGUUUAAAUGUGAUCAAAUAAGUAUCUCAGCCGUAGAUUACCAAUUGACAUAUCUUAUUUUGAUCCAAUACUGACCCUGACUGAAAACCUCUGUUUAUAAAAUUUUUAUUAUGGUAUAUAUAAGGCCCUGUCCACACGUACACAGGUACUUCUUAAAACAAAGCUUUUUUUGUCUGGUCUAGUCUUUCGUACGCAUGUAGAUGGCGUUGUAGGUCAUUGAACUUUUGGAAAACUCCUUCAAUGUGUAGAGAUAUUCAUAAACACGAUUUACGUCUGGCCUUUAUCCAUGUUUGUUGGAUCAUUUGCAAAUGUGUUAUCAAACUGGAGUAUUUCAGUUUGCACGUUGAUAGAAUGUACGCUAUAUUGUUAGACAUUAUAUGUAUAAAGACACAAACCAACAUUGAUAUUCGGCGAUGGAAAAGUGAGACCAAAAACACUCCUCACAAUAUUUUGCUGACAAGUUAUCCAAAAGAUUCUGUGAGGAGCAGUCAUGAUUCCAUGCCUUGUUCAUUGUGUUGUCAGUAGCUAAGCAACCGACCAGACAGACAAUCUGCUUCCUGGUAGAACAGCACGCACAUCCCCGGUGUAUGUGAAUGGCCGUGAGAUAUGCAUUUUCAGGUGUGUUGAAUGGACAGAGAUUAAUUCUGAAAUGGUGCCAAAAUACUUGACUGGACAGAGAUUUUUAUUAUUAUUAUUAUUAUUAUUAUUAUUAUUAUUAUUUUAUUAUUAUUAUUAUUUUAAACCAGUUUCCUUAAAUACUUGUGUAUGUGUGGACUAGGCCUAAAUUGAAUGUGACUCCUGUAAGUGAUGUGAUUUGAUUCCUUAGAUUUUGUCUGAAGAAGAUGUAUCACUCUGUUAGACAGAAACAUUCACUCUAUUCGCGGUUGUACAGCAGUUUUGCAGAGUGAAUGCUCUUGCCUCACAAAUGAUCUUUGAUGAGAACAGACACCAGCUGCAGAACGCACUUUAACUUCAACAACAUACGUGUGUCAUUCUGGCCAUGUUUAACAUCGAUUAGUGACAGCUGAUAAAAUGUCUCCGAAGUCGCUGAUGGCUUAAAACAAGAAGCUCCUGCUGGCAUGUUUUGGAUGUAUUUGUUAGUGUCAACGUAGCGAAUCAGUCAGUUGGACACAGUGGAGUAUAUAAAUCGCUUUGCCCCUACUAACAUCUAACCAAUACUAACAUCUUGUAGCAGAGCCACAUGCAAUCAACGAAAACUCAAAGCAAAGCUGCUUUUUCAGUCCAUGUUUCUCGUUCUUUGGUCCACCUGAUUAUUGUCAUGUUACACUGAUUUCAGAGAUCCUAAAUGAGACCCUCAAAUAUUACAAAAAGUACCAGUCUGUCAAUGAUGAGCAUUUUGUAGAAGUUGAUGUCAUUUUAUAAAAACUAGUUUUCAGUUUCAGAAGUCUGGGCAGUAAUGGAGAGAUGAAAGGGAUUAUGAUACGCAAUUGGAAUACUGUCCUUGUAUUUGAGAAGCAGUGGUUUUAUUACAGCUGUGAGUUAAUGAAAGUAUAAGCUUUUUUUGUACUGUUGAGUUAAAUGCCUGGUUGAAGGUAAAAGACUUUUAAAUACUUUCCCUCUGAGUUGUCCAAAAUAGAGCUUUAUAUACUCUAGAAGAGACUUGUAGACGCUCUCUGAGAUCUGCAAUUACUGUCAAUACCAGAGAUUACAAUAUUUAACGCAGCGAUUUUCAGCGGUGAUGUCAAAUUAGGAAGUGAUGUCAGUUAGAAUAAUUUUUUUAAGUCCAUUGGUCCUCAUACAAGAUGAUUGGUUGACUAUUUUAGUAUUGAAUGUCUGCAAACGUCUGGCUAAAGAAAAGAUUUUUUUUUAAUGUAAUUUAUACAAAGAGGGCUCAUACAUUAAGUAUAGUACACAGUGUUUAAAAGACAAAUGGCCUUUCUGUUUUCACCCUCAUUGUUUGUGUGCUAGGUGUUCUGUGAUUAAGAGUUACUUUCAAUAUAAGUUGUGUAUAACAGAGGGAAAAAAAUGCAGCAAACGUGCAUUAAAUAAAAGAAAUGUUUUAAGAGA